CCGCCGCGCCUCCCCGUGACGUCACGACGGCCGCGCCGCCUCUGUCGCGCGUGCUUCUGUAUAAUCCGGGCUAUAGCUGUGACUGUUUGUGUGGAUUCUCUUUCAUCAUGGCCUUGGGCAUAAAGUGCCUCCGCCUGCUGCACCCUGCCUUUUGCAGUUACCUUACUACUUUGACCAGACCUGCUUCAGAAAUUUCCAUGAAGCCUGUGCAUGGAAGACAACAUGAGCAAAGGCAAUACUUAGCCUACCAAGCCAUGCCAGUUCGCCAGUUUGCAACCAAGAAAGCUAAAGCUAAAGGGAAAGGACAGCCCCAGGCCAGGGUGAAUAUUAACACAGCCUUGGUUGAGGAUAUAAUCAACUUGGAAGAGGUGGAUGAAGAAAUGAAAUCUGUGAUGGAAGCACUCAAGGAUAAUUUCAAUAAGACUCUCAACAUAAGGACUGCACCAGGAUCCCUUGAUCAUAUUACUGUGGUAACUGCUGAUGGGAAGCUUGCUUUAAAUCACAUUGGCCAGAUCUCCAUGAAGUCACCACAGUUGAUUUUGGUGAAUAUGGCCAGUUUCCCAGAGUGUACAGCUGCAGCUAUCAAGGCUAUAAGAGAAAGUGGAAUGAAUCUGAACCCAGAAGUGGAAGGGACACUAAUUCGGGUACCUAUCCCCAAAGUAACCAGGGAACACAGAGAAAUGCUGGUAAAACUGGCCAAACAGAGCACCAACAAGGCCAAAGAAAAUUUACGGAAGGUUCGCACUAAUGCAAUGAAUAAGCUGAAGAAAUCAAAGGACAAAGCCUCGGAGGACACCAUCAGGCUCAUAGAGAAACAGAUCAGCCAGAUGGCCGACGACACAGUCACAGAGCUGGACAGGCACCUGGCAGCAAAGACCAAAGAACUCCUUGGAUGAAAGUCAGCAGUCACUUUCUGGUCACCCCUUAGGUGACCAGCUGACGCCUGCCACUCCCCUGUUCAUCCAUAGGAGGCUGUCACUGCUGCUCCACCGGGAGGCGCACUGAAUCUCUUGUUUCCUUGGAAUCUGGUGUGGCAGUGACCUUGACUCUGAGGUCACCACAAGACUGCUUUCUUCCAGGCCUGAAUCAGACCCUGCCCUCAUUUCCAACUCCUUUGACUUCACUCUGACUGCUAAUGAGCAAACCUAAAUAAAUUGGAAAAAUAACCACAGAGGAAAGAGGGUGGUUUGGGUGGGAGAGCCACCAGGAGCAGUGUGUUUGCCUCUGGGUUGUCGUCCCACUGCCGCUCCACGAGGACUGAGCUCAGUGUGGCAUCGGUCCCACCCCUGGGCACUCUCCCUGCCCCUGCCCCUGCUCUCAGCCCCAGUUUGAGCUCAUGGGCUCCUCAUAUGUAAACCUUUGUUUUUCUUUUCUGUUCGUCUGUAAUGACAAAUUGACUGAGGAGAAUGACACAGAAUAACGCUUGAA